ACCCCCGUUUCUCCGCGGCGGCGCGGCCGGGGGCUGAGACUGUGGCUGGGGUCGCGGUCCCGGAGAGCCCCGACGCGGCCGGGCGUGCUCACGGGCUGCCGCUGCUCUCAGGAAAACCCUGUUGGAGGCUAUGUUUCUGUGAAUCAAAGGAGCAGGGACAGUGGCAAGAAUGUCGGCCCUCAACUGGAAGCCCUUUGUGUAUGGAGGGCUGGCCUCCAUCACGGCAGAAUGUGGUACAUUUCCAAUUGAUUUAACCAAGACACGGCUCCAGAUUCAAGGUCAGAAGAAUGAUGCCAACUUUAAAGAAAUUCGGUAUCGAGGCAUGUUGCAUGCUUUAGUGAGGAUAGGCCGAGAGGAAGGGCUGAAAGCGCUGUACUCCGGGAUUGCCCCUGCGAUGCUACGCCAGGCUUCCUAUGGCACCAUCAAGAUAGGCACUUACCAGAGCUUGAAGCGAUUAUUUGUCGAACGCCCAGAAGAUGAGACCCUGCUGAUAAAUGUGGUCUGUGGAAUUCUCUCUGGAGUCAUAUCCUCAACCAUUGCUAAUCCAACUGAUGUUUUGAAGAUACGGAUGCAAGCACAGAGCAGCACCAUUCAAGGAGGAAUGAUAGGCAACUUCAUUAACAUUUACCAACAAGAGGGAACGAGAGGACUGUGGAAGGGCGUGUCCCUUACUGCUCAGAGGGCUGCUAUUGUUGUUGGCGUGGAGCUGCCGGUCUACGACCUCACCAAGAAGCACCUGAUUCUCUCGGGCCUGAUGGGAGACACUGUGUGUACCCACUUCCUCUCAAGCUUCACCUGUGGUCUGGCCGGGGCCCUGGCCUCAAACCCUGUUGAUGUUGUGAGAACACGUAUGAUGAAUCAGAGAGUCCUUCGAGAUGGAAGAUGCUCUGGCUACACAGGUACUCUGGAUUGCUUGUUACAGACAUGGAAGAAUGAAGGGUUUUUUGCUCUAUAUAAAGGGUUUUGGCCAAAUUGGUUGAGACUUGGUCCUUGGAACAUCAUUUUCUUUGUGACUUAUGAGCAGUUGAAGAAAUUGGAUUUGUGAGAAGUCAAGGCACACACGAGACAGCGCUCAGAAAAUGCUCACUUCCGAAACAGUAAAGCUUCCUGUGUUUCACACUGCUUCUCACUGCUUGGCUUGUGACAGAUUCUGAGGUGUGAGCAACAGAUGAAGACUGGGUUAGUUCAGAUUGCUGUGCGUUGGCUUCGGACGCUCUGCAUCAAACGUUUAAUGGCAUAAACUGUAACAUCUAAACCCUAGUCUCUACCAUUAAAGUGCCCUUCAGCGUCAAAGAUAACAUAGGUAAUGCAUGUUUCUUGCUAAAGAAAACUUGCAAGAAGUUGAGGAACUGUGUACUGUUUUCUUCAGGAGAGAGUAGCGCCUGAUACUCUCAGCUCAGAGCUGGAAAGACCAGACUGCUCUAAAGAAGCUCAUUGGAACCAGGGAAUAGAGCCUCCAAGAGGGUAUUAUUGUUCCUGAACUCCUGGGGGCUUUUGCUUCUUGUCAGCUGAAGAAAUGUCACACGUGGAGACCUGGACUUUUCAACCCCAGGUAUAAACAGUGCGGGAAAUAGAUCCCUGGAAUAUUGCACUGCUUUAUAAUUUCCUAUUUUGGCAGGAUCUUUCACUUAUAAUAAGUGAUUUUAAGCCUUUGAAGACUUGACCUUUGUGAGGAAUUGUUACAAAUUAACAUCUGAAUUCGUGUUGGUAUGAUGUGCUGGUUUUGGAAGGUGACAGGAUCCGUGUUGGUGGGAGGUGUUUCAAGCAGCUCGGAUUCUCUCUCAGGUAAUGUUAGUAAUUUGCUCUAUGAUUUUUAGCAAAGUGUUAUUUCCCAAUCUGUAAAAUGGGAAUAAUAACAGCUAUUGAUGUUGAGGGUCAAGUGAAGAAAACAGUAGCUGCUACUACCUGACUUGUAGGGUGGGUGUAUUUACAUCAUGCUGUCAUACAGCUGUCAUCCCAGAAUAAACAGUACAGAACAGAGUCAUCUUAUCAUGAGCUUCUCAUUGUAGUCCCGAGUGAAGCCCUUUGUUAUAGGCCUUGUGAAAGAAAGAACACUGUGUAAGGUAAGGUUUUAUUAUGUUUUCUUUAGCAAAAUGUUGCAAGUGAAUCGAAGAGUCAAUUUUUCCAGAUUUCCCUGUUUUUACUUUAGUUCAGGUCAUGUUUGUUAAAAUAUUUCCCAUCUUGGACUUCGUAAUUACUUUA